AUGGCGAGGCGGACUGCGGAGCCUCGGACGCCGAUGACUGGCGCUGCUUUCCGGGAUAAACAGCUUCCCGUGCGCCGCCGCGCGCUGCUGCCUUUCCCCUGGCGCCUAGUUCUGGUUUGUUGGGCUCUCUCUGGUGGAUACUGCCAAGAACACACGGAGUUCUCUAUCCUGAAAGAAGCGCAAGUUUUGGCGGAGCAAAUGAAAAAACUGUCCUCGGAGGAGCUGGGAGUAUUUACGAUGCAGAGGAUUUUCAACUCCUUUGUUUACACGGAGAAGACGUCAAACGGAGAGACAGAAGUUCAGCAGCUGGCCAAGAAGAUUCGGGAAAAGUUUAACCGUUACCUGGAUGUGGUAAACAGAAACAAACAGGUGGUGGAGGCGUCCUACACCGCCCACCUCACCUCUCCACUGACGGCGAUCCAGGACUGCUGCUCCAUACCUGCAUCCAUGAUGGAGUUUGAAGGAAAUUUUAAUACCAACGUUUCUAAGACCAUCUGCUGCGACAGGCUGUCCCCAACAGUCAACAGCAGAGCGUUCAACCCAGGACGGGACCUCAACUCAGUGUUGGCCGACAACCUGAAGUCCAACCCAGGGAUAAAGUGGCAGUACUUCAGCUCAGAUGAGGGCAUCUUUACCGUCUUCCCUGCCCACAAGUUCCACUGCAAAGGAAACUACGAGCACCGCAGCCGGCCGGUGUACGUCUCUGCGGUUCGUCCUCAGUCUAAACACAUAGUGGUGAUGGUGGAUCAUGGCGCAUCUGUAACGGACUCUCAGCUUCAGAUCGCCCGCGACUCUGCGCUUGUCAUCCUUAAUUCCAUUGAUGAACAUGAUAAGAUCUCCAUCCUCUCAGUCGCAGAGACAGUUCGCUCCUGUUCUCUGGACCCGUGCUAUAAGAGUCUGCUGUCUCCGGCCACCAGCGAGACCAAGAGGAAGAUGAACACCUUCAUCUCUAACAUUAAGGCAUCUAAUGGAGCGACCCAACAUGCUGCUGGUUUCCAGAAGGCCUUCCAGCUGCUCCGUAACACCAGCAGUCUGAGCAAACAGAGCCCCACUACAGAUCUUGUCAUCAUCUACCUUUCGUCUGGUGUUACGUCUCGAGAGUCAUCUGAGCUGGAGAAGAGAGCGACGCUCAGCGUGGUCCGAGAGGAGAACCGACACCUCAACAACUCCGUCAUGAUCCUCACCUACGCUCUAAUGAACGAGGGAGUCACAGGCUUGAAGGAGCUGGCCUUCCUUAGAGACCUCGCCGAGCAGAACUCUGUGAAAUACGGCGUGGACCGAACUCUGGAACGUGGGACUGUCAGAGUCCCCACCAUGCCAGUGGUGAAGGGCAGCAUGAUGGUGCUGAACCAGCUGAGUAACCUGGAGACGUCAGUCGGCCGCUUUUACAUAAACCUGCCCAACCGCAUGAUCGACUUGGUGCGCUUUAGCCUGCCCUACACUGAUCCCAUGGGAGACGGUUUUAUCAUGACUGUGAGCCGGCCCUGUUACUUCGGUAACCUGCUCCUAGGCGUGGUCGGGGUGGAUGUGAACCUGGCUUAUAUCCUCGAGGACGUCACCUACUACCAAGACUCCUUGGCUUCUUAUACAUUUCUCAUCGACAACAAAGGUUACACCCUGAUGCACCCUUCACUAACCAGACCAUAUCUGAUGACGGAGCCGCCGCUGCACACAGAUAUCAUCCACUAUGAGAACAUCCCAGGAUUCCCUGCUGUCCGACAGAACAUCCUCAGCCUGCCUUUAGGCAGUCAGGUCAUUGCUGUGCCUGUCAACUCGUCCCUUUCCUGGCACACCAACCGGCUCAGGGACAACAGCGGAGAUGCGUACAAUGUCAGCUAUGCCUGGAAACUGGUCCAGGAUACGUCGUUUAUUCUGUGCAUCGUGUACGUACAGCCAGAGAUCCCAGUGAAGCAGCUGAAGAACCUGAACACAGCUCCCAGCUCUAAGCUGCUCUAUCAUCGCUUAGACCUGCUAGGCCAGCCCAGUUCCUGCCUGCACUUCAAGCAGCUCGCCACUGUUGAAUCCCCCACAGUAAUGCUGUCAGCUGGGAGUUUCUCCUCUCCUUAUGAGCAUCUGAGUCAGCCGGAAACGAAGCGGAUGGUGGAGCACUACACGGCCUACCUUAGUGAUAACACCAGGCUUAUUGCCAACCCAGGCCUCAAGUCCUCUGUCAGGAACGAGGUUAUGGCGACCAGUCAUGUUACGGAUGAGUGGAUGACACUAAUGGAAAUGAGUAGCCUCAACUGCUACAUUGUGCGGCGUUACAUAGCAACACCCAGCGGGGUGCUCCGGAUUUACCCAGGAUCACUGAUGGACAAAGCAUUUGACCCGACCCGGAGACAAUGGUACCAGCAUGCUGUAGCUAACCCUGGCCUCAUCACCUUCACCGGCCCUUACCUGGAUGUUGGCGGCGCGGGUUACGUCGUCACCAUUAGCCACACCAUUCAUGCCUCCAGCUCUCAGAUGGCCCCCGGUUACGCGGUUGCAGUGAUGGGUAUAGACUUCACCCUGCGCUACUUCUAUAAGGUCCUGCUGGAUCUGUUGCCCAUCUGCAACCAGGACAAAGGCCGUAAGAUCAGGUGCUUCAUAAUGGAGGACAGAGGGUACCUGGUUGCUCACCCAACUCUCAUUGACCCCAAAGGUCACGCCCCGGCAGAACAGCAGCACAUAACACACAAGGAGCCACUUGUAGCCAAUGACAUCCUGAACCAUCCCAACUUUGUCAAGAAAAACCUUUGCAACAGCUUCAGUGACCGCACAGUGCAGCGCUUCUACAAGUUUAACACCAGCAUAGUGGGUGACCUCACCAACCUGGUCCAUGGCAGCCAUUGCUCCAAGUAUCGCCUGACCAGAAUCCCUGGUACCAAUGCAUUUGCUGGGAUUGUCAACGAGACAUGUGACUCGCUGGCUUUCUGCGCCUGCAGCACGGUGGAUCGUCUCUGCCUCAACUGCCACAGGAUGGAGCAGAAUGAGUGUGAGUGUCCGUGUGAGUGUCCUCUGGAGGUCAAUGAGUGUACAGGCAACCUCACCAAUGCUGAAAACAGGAACCCCAGCUGUGAGGUGCAUCAAGAACCAGUCAGCCUCAAUGUGAUUGAUCCCAGUCUGCACGACACUUUGCCCCAAUGCAUCAACACCCGCUGCAGCCAGAGAUUCACCAGCAGUGACUGUUUCGGUGUGUUGGACUGUGAGUGGUGCAUGGUGGACAGUGAUGGUAAGACCCACCUGGACAAGCCAUACUGCGCCCUGCAGAAGGAGUGCUUUGGGGGCAUUGUUGGUGCCAAAAGUCCGUAUGCAGAUGGUCUGGGACUUAUUGAUGAGGAAGUGGCGCCUUUGAACAUGAUCAAGAGCGCCCCUGUGGGUCCGGUCGCUGGGGGUAUUAUGGGAUGCAUCAUGGUGCUGGUGCUGGCGGUGUACGCCUACAGACACCAGAUCCACAGACGUUCACACCAGCACAUGUCCCCACUGGCUGCACAGGAAAUGUCUGUGAGGAUGUCUAACCUUGAUAACGAACGGGACGAGAGGGAUGAAGACAGUCAUGAGGACAGAGGAAUCAUCAGCAACACCAGAUUCAUAGCUGCAGUCAUUGAAAGACACACUCACAGUCCUGAGAGGAGGCGGAGGUACUGGGGGCGGUCAGGGACAGAGAGCGACCACGGAUACAGCACCAUGAGUCCGCAGGAGGACAGCGAGAAUCCGCCCGGGAACAACGACCCGCUCUCAGCGGGUGUUGACGUCGGUAACCACGACGAUGACAUGGACUUGGACACGCCCCCUCAGACAGCAGCACUGCUGAGCCACAAGUUCCACCCAUACCGACACGUGCACACCCACCACCACCCGCUGCACGCGCAGACGCACCACCUGCAGGCCGCCGUGACGGUACACAGCGUGGACGCAGAGUGCUGAUGCUCGGCGGGACUCAGCGAGAUUUUGGCAAAGACUAUUUUUGUACAACGUUAGAUUAAUGAGACGAUCCACACUGUGUACUUGGAGGUUCAGAUGACUUGAGGAGGACUAACACAGCUGGACCGAGGCCUUCAAAGCUCCUCGGAUUCACAAUGCGCCAACAUGCCAGCAUAUUUCCUCUCAUCCACCCUCCUUUUUAUUUCUAAUUCAACCUCCUUUUCAGUUUUGCAGUCUCACGCACAUCUGUGGGCAGACCUGGGCCAGUACAUUCUAGUUUUCCCUUUGAAGGAUUCAGAACUCAAUUUAAAUGAGAGCACAAUAAAAAAAAACGGAGCCUAAAAACUGAACAAAAACAAAAAAAACGUUGUUUUUCAAGGCUGAUGGAAUGAAUGGAAGACUGAAUUAACCAUUUAGAUGGGGUAUUCACUGCAAAUCCAGCCCCUCAUGGGAAGCGCCCCGGCCAAGAGGUUCUGUAAGGAAACGGAGGGCUCUUUGGAUUUGUAAACCAGUGCCGCAUUUCCUCAAAACAGAAAAAUAUCUAAUUUUCCUCCCUAACAAGGGACUGCAUCUAGUUGGACUCAAACAUAGCUUUUAACUUGUAGUCUCUGAGAUAAUCUCUGCAGAGUUGGUUUAUCUAGAAGUGGCAGCCUUUCUCUAAAGAAGCAGCGGUUGGUCUCAUCCAGCAUGCUGCAGGAGGAUACUGGAACCCUUUUAUGAAUGUUUGUGAAUAAUAACAUAGGAAAAACAACACUUUCAUGUUUCACUUAAACACAGAAAAAAACUACAAUAUUAUUUUCUACUAUUUAUUAAAGAGGUAGAUCUUCAAAAUGGUUUAAAAAGCAAUGGGUAAGUAAGAGAUCUUGCAAAAAGCUUGUCUGAUUCAAGGCUUAUUGUUUUGUUUUUGUUCUUCUCUAUCUAAAAAUAUUAUUGCCUCUUCAAUUUUCUGCAAUGUAUGAUAUAAAUAAUGCAACAAAAUGAGUUUUAGGUCUUAUUUCAAUGUGGUGGGAUUAUGAGGCUGUCCAGGGAAUGAAAUCAGUUCAAGAUGGGGUUUUUUUUGCCUUAUGAAACCUCUUCAAUUCGAGAUGAAAAAUUUGAACUAUUUCCGAAACAGAACAAGGAUGAGAUCUUUUAUCGUUACAAUAAAUAAUGAAAAAAAAAAUUACAUUAAGGUUUAAGUGCAGAUGCUGAGAGAAAUUUGUGAGAUUAAAAUAAUUAUAAAAAGUGAAGACAAUGAGCCUUAAGUCACAUCUUUUUUAAGAGCUCUGAUUUAUGACAUGUAGCACGUCUCUUAGUUCUCAGAGAUUAGUGUUUUCUUUAGAUGAAGAUUUUUGUUUUACCAAGGUGGAAAAUUAUUCUGCACAAGGGAGACUGAUGAUUUUUUGCUUGGGUUAACUUUUGGGAGAUGGAGGAGUAAUAACUGAAGCAAGCACCAGCAAAAAGAAACAUUCCUGGGUUGAAUCACCUUCUGUCGCGAUGAGAACCGAGGAUCCUUAAAGGGGUCCUUGCAAAGACGGACCAUUUUCUGUCCUGGGUAGGAAAACAGGACGGGACGUUGCUUUACUAAACCUUUUUGCCUUCGAGGCAAAGCUGAUGAUGCGUAGGAAGUUUGGAUAUUGUGCAACAGCAUCCAUGGUGACAGACUUCCUGUCUGAGAGGAGGGAAAGAGGUUUACACCCGUCUGUCAUCUCCUCUGGGAUUAACCACUUUAAAUUGAUCUUCUAUACCUGUGUGUGUAUUAAGGAUGAGAGUGUGCGAUGAAUGUCUGAUCCUCCACCUGAAACACUUUCCUUGAAAACAUUAUUUUUUUAAAAUUGUGUUAGAAAAUUAUAGGUGAAGCUAUUAUGUUUGGAAAAAUGAGUCGCUUCUUGACCUGAUCAGGGCUCUGAGGGGUUUUUUGAUCGUUCAGCUGAUCAAAUGGCGUCUUUGUGGCCUUUUUACGAGAGCCAAGACAUCUAUCGUUCUGCAGAGAUUCAUUCUAAGGUGUAAAUACAGAGUCAUACGUUAAAUGUCCUGCACACUCAUUUUAAAAACAAAGGUUGAUAUUCAGAUAUUAAAUUGUCUGUUCAUGGUGUCUCUCUAUAUUUCUGAUGCCUUGAAUGUUUUUGUUUUGUUUUUUUACUUUAUUUUUUAAGGCUUUUUCUUUAGGUCCAUAUUGGAUGGAAGUCAGUACUUGGAAAUUUUAAUACACGGUUUAUGUUUCAGAGAAUUGUAGUUUUUAAAGGUUUAUUAUUGUGUCUUUGAAAACUAUGUUUUAAAAAGGAACUCUUUUCAUUUUAAUUAGAUUUGACCACACCCAAUGUGUCUACUUUAAGAUAUCAUCAUGCAGACAUUUGAAUUAGUUGCAUACUUUUUAUUUCUAUGGAAACAAAAAAAAAUUAUCUCCAGAAGUGUUCAAUGUUUCAUUCUAGUGGAGCAGAUAUAAAAGUUGUUUUUCUUCUUCUUUAAACUAAAUCCUUCAUUGUUUUGUUGCAGCAGAGCUUUGAAGCAGUAUUUUGCAGCUCUUUAAAAAAUAAGUAUAUAGGUGUUUAUACAGAACACUGAUUUACAAGUUAUUGACUGAAGGAAUAUGUGUACGUCCCCCAUCCCCUCCCCCAAUGUAUCGUAUAAAGUUAUCAACUGAGAUUAAUUGCAAUGUGAAUGUGAUAAAGAACAUU